AUGUUCAAGGUCCUCCUUCAAGUUCUUGCUUUGGGCCUCUUGGCUCCCCAGGCAUCUGCCUCCCCCAUUGCCGCCAGCAACCCGCCGUACAAGGUUGUCAAGACCACAACCAACUCGUAUGGAGAUACUAUUGACUGGGUCAUGCGAGAGUCGCAGGGCGCAAUUGCUACUCCUCCCCCAGCAGAGCUCCUGGGCAAGCGUGUUCUUGCAGAGAAUGUCACCAGCCUGACUUUUGCCCACCUCAUUGCGCAGCCACAGAACCAGGGACCUGCUGGCUCCGUGCCCGUCAUGCGCUCAAGUGGCCGAUUCCCAAACAAGGUCGCCAAUCCUCUACUCAUCAAAGAUGCGGGUGCGCAGCGCCGGGCCGUUGGGGACCAUUACUAUGCCAAUUCGGCCCAAAACGUCGCAAACCAUGGCGGCGGCGCCGACUUUAGCAUGUUCAACCCAUACGUUGAAGACAACGACGACUUUUCCCUGAUUCAGGUUGCCGUUGCCAGGAAUGUACAGGACCCCGACUAUGGAAGGGUUGUACAGACAGUUGAGGCUGGCUGGAUGCACUACUACGACGUUGGCCAAAACUCCAACGCGCCGUUCCUCUUCACCUUUUACAACACCGAUGGCUACCAUCACCAGGCCGAUAACCUGGGUGGCUACAACCAGCAGUACAAGGGUUGGGUGCAAUACGAUUCCACAGUGCAUCCUGGCUACCGCUUUAGUCCCAUCUCUACGAUUGACGGCGAGCAGCAUGAUUUGCGCAUCCAGUACUACCUUUACCAGAAUAACUGGUGGCUCUACGUUGCUGGCAAGGCUAUUGGCUACUACCCUGCCUCUCUCUUUAGCCAGAAGCAGGCUGCCAGCAAAACCCUCUCUUCAGGCAGCGACAGUAUUGCUUUUUACGGCGAGGUUACUACCAGCAGGGCUGAUGGUACUAACACAGACAUGGGCAGCGGCAACUACCCGGACACUGGAUACGGCAAAGCAGGAUACAUCCGCAAUAUCCAGUACUACGACACGUCGGACGCGCUUGUUGGAUAUAACACCAACCUCGUAGCCCAAGACGCCAACAGAGGCUACAAGAUUGCCCCGUUUUUCAACUCUGGCAAGUCUGGCUGGAACAGUUACAUGUUCCUAGGUGGUCCAGGAUCUGAUGGCAAGAUUGGAAAAUAA